GUUGGAAUUCGUUGCUAAGAUCGGAAACACGCUAGCAAGCUAAAAGACCGUUAUUGAAUAUUUUGGAUGUUCUCACCUACCUACCACUGAUCACAAUGCUAUUGAAAUUGCAGAUCGUUAUUGGGUUUCUUUUGCUUUUGUGUGGAUUUAAUGGAGUAGAAGGACGCUUAGUUGUCAACAGUGAUCAGGUUUUCGAAUCUGCGAAAAGCUUGGUGUCUGGAGUUGGCAGACAAUUGGCAAAACGGAUCCCUUCACCGAAACAAUUGUUGCAUGCGUCAAAACAAGUGUUAAUAGGCCUACCGGAACGCGCAGUUUUUGGAGCAUUUCAUCAGAUAUGCUCAAUCUACUUGGAAUCGGAAAAUAUCAAUCCCUCAGUUACUCCCGACAUCAAAGACAUGUCAUUUCAACUAAGAACAGCAUGCCACAACGAAAGUUUUCCGGUGCAAGAAGCAGAGAAAAUCUUACAAAGUCCCCAUUUCGAUCUUAAUAAAAAGGUUGUGCUCUUUGUGAGCGGUUGGACAACUACGCUCAACUCAAGCUCGGUUUCCCAUUUGUCUAAGGCUUAUAACUGCAGAGGUGAUUAUAAUUUUUUAGCUCUCAAUGCUUCGGACUACAUUGAUACCUUGUACACAUGGUCCGCAUUCAACACUGAAGAAAUGGGCCGUAUUGUAGCGCUUGGCUUACUAAAAUUGAUUACCAAAGUUCCCAUAGAGAAUUUACAUUUGGUUGGCUUUAGUCUGGGAGCUCAUAUUGUGGGUUCGGCCGGUCGUUAUUUUUACGAAUUUACCGGAAAACGUUUGCCGCGCAUAACUGGCUUAGAUCCCGCCAACCCCUGCUUCAAUGAGGGCGAGUAUUUAUCGGGUCUUCAACGAGGUGAUGCCGAUUUUAUAGAUGUUAUACACACAAACCCGGGAGGCUUAGGAAAACGUGGUCAUUUGGGUGAUGUAGAUUUCUAUGCCGGAGGAUAUUCAAAUGUCAAGCCAGGUUGUUCACUUUUCAGCUGUUCCCAUCAACGUGCUUGGCGUUUUUAUGGCGAAUCCGUCUACCCUGGUCAUGAGAUGGAUUUCAUGGCCACACGCUGUAAGUCCUUACGAAAGGUGGACAAUGGGAUGUGCACUUCGGAGUCAAUACCAAUGGGAUUUGAUACUACGAUUGGCGUAAAGGGUGUCUAUGUCGUUAGCGUAAAGUCAAAAUCGCCGUUUGGAAAACAUGCAAAUCCUGUAGAUGACAUUAUAAGUAGUAGUUGUGGUUUAUGCAGCAGUGAUAAAUGAUAAUAUUGUUAAAUAGAAAAUAAAAGUAAUUGAUAUAGAAAAUUUA